AUGUCGGUAGAUACAGAAUCAGCUAUCACACUUGUCAAAGCAUUGAUACAACAAAUCGAUAGAGAACAAUUAAUUAAGGCAGUGAAUACUUUAUUAAAAUGUUACAAUAAAAAUUCAACAAUAAUAUCAGGCGCAGCAGUAGCAAUUUCCAUAUUAGCAUUACUUGAUUCCUUAAAUGAUAUGAAAUUAAAAGAUAAAUACUGCAAACAAUUGCUGACUGCAUUAGAUCCAGCAUUACCAGAACAAUUUCGAACAACAAGAUUAAGGGAAAUUAAAGAGGAGAUAAUAUCAUUGAGAGAUCGGCAAAUGAUUGCAGCAAGUGUAAAAGGAAUAGUUGCUCUUGCCUUUUUAGGCUUGGGUUUUGGUAGUGUAAGUGGGGGAGCAAGGUGUGCAAUGUUUGCUGCAUCAGGAAUCACUGGAGUAGCUUCUUUAAUUAAUGUCUAUAAUUACAGAGAGUUAGAUCUAUUGUUGGAAAAAAUGAAAGCUGAUGGUUUAUUAGACUAG